AGACACAGAGAGAGAGGGAGAGAGAGAGAGAGGGGCAGAGGCAGAGGCAGAUUAGCAACACACUGUUGCUUUUUUUUUUCUCAACGGGAAUGAAUUUAAAGAGUAAUACUUGACGUUAUUAUUGUAGUUUACCGUUAAUAUAUAUUCACACACGGACUCCGAGGCGUCUCUACCAACUGUCAGCAGAAGGGGGAACUGACAUGUCAACGGCUGAAACUUAACGCUGGGGUUCUUCUUGAACUCGACUGUAACGUCCGCGGCCGCCGCACCGCUGAAGGAGACGGAGGGGACGGCAACAGCCAACUGAAGUUUAUUACUGUUUCCUCGAUAACAAAGAGGAGGAGGAGGAGGAGGAAGAGGAGGGGGGACGCUUAUUUUUGUUAAAAGAGAGACACAGAGAGAAGAGAGAGAGAGAGAAAGGGGGGGUGGGGGGGGUUGAAAGAUUAUUCGACGCCAUCGUACGGUUAACGAUCUGGAGGAGAUUUAAAAUGCGGGACAUCCGCGGUGUUUGCACGGUUGAAGGACAUGGAGCACGGAGAAGAAUCGCCUGAGUAACAGUGAUUUUAUUCAGGACGUUUGCUUCACCAAACCACCGCCGUCAGAUUUGAGCAAGCCAACUAAAUGUAAAGGAUUGUUUGGUUCAAGCUACCAUGGAUAUCUUUCCCCGGCCAAGCGGUGAAAUCCAGAGGAGGAACCCUCAGCAUGACUUUGAGCUCAUUCAACGGGUGGGAAGUGGCACAUAUGGAGACGUGUACAAGGCUCGAAACAUACAAACUGGGGAGCUUGCUGCUGUGAAGAUCAUAAAAUUGGAACCAGGGGAUGACUUUUCCAUCAUACAGCAGGAAAUCUUCAUGGUGAAGGAAUGCAUGCACCACAAUAUUGUGGCCUACUUUGGGAGCUACCUCUGUCGGGAGAAGCUUUGGAUAUGUAUGGAGUACUGUGGUGGAGGAUCUCUGCAGGACAUUUAUCAUGUGACGGGACCUCUCUCAGAGCUUCAGAUAGCGUAUGUCUGCAGAGAGACCUUACAGGGUUUGGGAUAUCUGCACAUCAAGGGCAAGAUGCACCGUGACAUCAAGGGUGCCAACAUACUUCUUACAGACAACGGAGAUGUGAAGUUAGCUGACUUUGGAGUUGCAGCCAAAAUAACAGCCACCAUUGCCAAAAGAAAGUCCUUCAUUGGAACACCUUAUUGGAUGGCUCCAGAAGUAGCAGCAGUUGAAAAGAAUGGUGGCUACAACCAGUUGUGUGAUAUCUGGGCUGUUGGCAUCACAUCCAUAGAACUAGCUGAGCUGCAGCCGCCAAUGUUUGACCUACACCCAAUGAGGGCUUUGUUUUUGAUGUCAAAGAGCAGCUUCCAGCCUCCGAAGCUAAAAGACAAAAACAAAUGGUCCACUGCCUUCCAUAACUUUGUGAAAGUGUCUCUGACAAAGAACCCAAAGAAGAGGCCAACUGCAGAAAAACUUCUAUCGCAUGUCUAUGUGGCCCAGACGGGUUUGACAAGGAGGCUCGCUGUUGACCUCCUAGAUAAGAUGAACAACCCAGACAACCACCAGCAUUACAGUGAGGUGGAUGAUGAUGACCUCGAGCCCCUCUCUGCAGUCAGACACACCAUCCGCUCCACCAACAAACAAGCCAGAGCUGAGAGGACACGCUCAGAGAUAGACUCAAACAAUGGGACAGACCAAGGAGGGCCAUGCUCAAGUCCCAGCUUCACUGAGGGACACAGGGGGGACGCAGUUGACAAGCUCCAGUUUGAACCACCCCUCCGGAAGGAAACUGAGGCUCAUUCUGAAAUGGAUGUGAGUAAAGAUAAUGACUUCCCUUCCCCCUGGAGUCCAUUUGCAGAGGGAGGAAUAACAACCAGGAGCCUUCUCAAAAGCGUUGAGGACGAAUUGUUCCAACGGGGACACAUUGCCCACCUUGAAGAUGCCUUUGAAGAGGUGGAGCUGUCAACCCUCAAGCCAGGGGUUCCUCCUCCUCUGCCCCCAAAGCCACGAUUAAACAGCUCGUCAGAGGAGCUUGGCCUUAAUGAUGAGAGGUCUCUGACGGUUCGGAGGUUCCCUAACUCUGAGAACGGACCAAGCCAGGCAGUUCGCAGACAGAGCACACCUGAGCAGGGCAACAAGGGGGAGCACUCAUCUCCAGAUUUCCUCUCUGCCAGUGUCAGCAGCCCUGGCCUUUUGUCUCACGCCUCUGAUCCUGCUCUCAGUAAGUCUGAAUGUAAAGAUAAUGAUUCAGAUGACAGUGUGAAUGGAGGCAGUCCCAAGCCACCACCCAACCGACAGCACCGGAAGGAGAAAAAGGAAUUCCCUAAACCAGCUAUCAACGGUCUGCCUCCCACUCCUAAAGUACUGAUGGGAGCCUGUUUCUCUAAAGUGUUUGAUGGCUGUCCCCUGAAGAUCAACUGUGCCACAUCAUGGAUUCAUCCUGACACCAAAGAUCAGUACCUAAUCUUUGGGACGGAGGAUGGCAUCUAUACGCUGAAUCUUAAUGAGCUGCAUGAAGCCACAAUGGAGCAGCUGUUCCCGAGGAAGUGUACAUGGCUGUACGUUAUCAACAACAACCUGAUGUCUUUAUCUGGGAAAACCUUCCAGCUGUACUCCCACAAUCUCAUCGGGCUGUUUGAGCAGCUGAAGAAGCCCGGCUUGGCUGCUCAGUUCCAGACUCACCGCUUCCCAGACAAAAUUUUACCCAGGAGGUUUGCCUUGACAACUAAGAUCCCUGACACAAAGGGCUGUCACAAGUGCUGCAUUGUGAGAAACCCAUAUACAGGCCACAAGUAUUUGUGCGGUGCACUGCAGUCUGGGAUUGUCCUGUUGCAGUGGUAUGAGCCCAUGCAGAGGUUUAUGCUCAUCAAGCACUUUGACUUCCCUCUUCCCAGCCCACUGAAGGUGUUUGAGAUGCUGGUGGUCCCAGAGCAGGAGUAUCCUCUGGUGUGUGUGGCCAUCAGCCAGGGCACAGAGCCGGGCCAGGUUGUCCGCUUUGAGACCAUCAACCUCAACUCCAGCUCCUCCUGGUUCACAGAGAUGGGAACAACUAAUCAGCAGGUGGAUGCAAUCCAUGUCACCCAACUGGAGAGAGACACAGUGUUGGUGUGUUUGGACCAAAAUUUGAAGAUUGUUAAUCUCCAGGGCAGACUGAAGUCCAACAAAAAGCUGGCAUCUGAGCUCAGUUUUGACUUCUGCAUCGGAUCUGUUGUGUGCCUUCAGGACAGCGUCUUGGCCUUCUGGAAACAUGGCAUGCAAGGAAAGAGCUUCAAGUCAAAUGAGGUGACCCAGGAGAUUUGUGAUCCGAGCAGAGUCUUUCGCCUCCUCGGAUCUGACAGGGUGGUGGUUUUGGAGAGCCGACCCACAGACAACCCCACGGCCCUGAGCAACCUCUACAUUUUAGCCGGUCAUGAGAACAGUUACUGAGCCUCUUCCAUAGAUGGGAUGUUUUUUUGUUGGUUUUUUUUUUCUAGAAAAAGCCUGAAUUUUGGGAGAAAACUCCAGACUUUCACCUACGGUCCUGUGUCAAGGGAAACGUCUGGUUUAAAACCGUUUUUUUGUUACUGAUCUUGGGAUCGACAGGUCAUAUGAGGAGGAGGCUCUUCAGUCUGGAUUCAUGAGUAGCCUUACACCAGCAACACGUUCACUGUGUCUCCGCUUGUUAGGAAAUGACAAAGAAACUGUUACGAGCACAAGGUGGAGAAAUAAUAAAAAAGCUCAAAUGAACAAUGUUACUUAGCAUUUAUCUCACUUUUCUGUACUGUGGACUGAGUUACAAACGAGUUAUCUAGAGGUAUUAUUGACAAAAGUGCCAUUAAAAUUCACAAGAAUUUGUGAUUGUAUUAGCAAACAACGGGAGAUUUAUUGUGUUAUUGUCUGUAACAUGUCGCUCAUAAUCACGGCCAGAAGCAAACCUGGCACAAGAGGAGAUUUUGUAGCCAAACUAGUAGAUCAGUUUAAAAACCGAUACCCACGAGCAUUGUGGGUUAUUUAAGCAAUAUUUAUUAAUCUCAUGUUAAGUGAUAGGGUAUGUUUGAUUUACAGACGGUGUUAGCAGACAGCGACAGUGCAGUCCUGCUGUGUGAGGAUUAACUACCUAGUGAACAGUUCCUGAGCAGCUUUGGGUUAUUUUUACUGCUAUGUAAUAUAGUCGCAUCUCUCCUGCUCUGCUGCAUUUUUAGAAGUUGGAAAUAAUGUACAUUUUUUCCUCUUUUUUUUUUCUUUAACUUCCUCUUUUAUAGACUUUUACUUCUCAUUAUUUGCACCAUGUAAGCACUUUUGUACAUUUUUUUAAUUUAAAAUAAAAUGACAAAAU